AUGGCUUUCCCGAAUGGCACCGGGUAUGCCGACUCGGACGCUGACGACGAGUAUGAAAGGAGUGUCAUGACCUCGCCUACUGCGCUUCAAACCGAUUCAGAGGGCUCCUCCGGGCAUUCAUCCAGCGAGCAUACGCCUACGACAUUUGACACACCGGGCGACGACCGCGGCCUGCCCAGGACUAUAAUAACAGAAUGGACGCCGGACGAGUGCGCCCAGUUCGUGGCGUCGUUGAAUCUGCGGCAGUACUGCGAUGCCUUCAUAGAACAUGGCAUUGUCGGAGAAGCGCUUAUAGCAUUGAAACACGAUGAACUGAAAGAGAUGGGCAUUACGAGCGUCGGCCACCGCCUGACCAUUCUCAAGCAAGUAUACGAAGUUAAGGUGGAACAGGAUAUUCCUGUCGAGGCCGACGACUAUGUGCCGUUAUCAGCGGAGCAGAACCCUCGUUUCGAGAUGGCCACCAAAGAAGACAUUGCCCGCAUAGCACGGUCGAUAAUAAAACUCCGCGACGAACGAAUAGCGCAAACAGAAGCCCAACUCACACGACUCGCUGAUGACUACCGAAAGUUACGACAAGAAAUGCUACCUUUAUUCAAACAAGCCAAAGAGCGCUCAGAUCCUCUACCUUACGCCCCCUCAAUACAGCAAUCAGCCGCCAGCCCCGACAUCAUUCAUCCGCCAGAGCUCUCACCUCCAACAACAUCAUCCUCACAGCCAGAGCUCAAAUCAAGUCUGACCAGGACCUUCUCUAAGAAACUAGGCCUCGUGGGCUCGACGCCCAAAGGCCACUCGCCAACCCACCUCCCCAACACCAUCCAUGAAAAAGAGUCCAGCGGCCUCAACCCAUCCGCCGCCGCAACCGCCGCCUCGAACCAACUCACAGCGGGUAUGUCCGGCGGCAGGGACUACGCACAGCCCUCGCCAGGUCUGGUCCCUUCGCCCACAUCACCCAUGCCCUACCAACCCCUUGCACCCCGCUCAUACCGAGACCGCGAGUACUCCAACAACGACUCGUACACUACACCGACCUACGAACCUCCUUCUUCCGCCAAAUCCGCCAACAGCGGCGGCAAAGCCACUCCCGGCUACAAAGGAGGCGACCUCGGCCUCCCGCCCUCGCGCGACCAAACCGCCUCCGCCCCGCCAGGCGCCCAAUCAAGCACCAACUCCACCAUGUCUACUGCCACAACAGCAGUGGAAAGGUCGUCAUCCACCACUACAGCACCUUCCGGGUCAAGUUCGGAAGCGCCGCAAAUCGAAAUCUUCAAGUCUUUCAAAGUGACCCUCGAGGACCCGUGCUGGAAAGUCCUGCCCGCGGCACUGCACAAAUAUAACAUUCAUGCCGACUGGCGGCAGUACGCGCUGUAUAUUGUGUAUGGCGACCAGGAAAGGUCGGUGGGGCUGGAGGAGAAGCCGUUGGCGCUGUUUAAGGAGCUGGAUCGGGAGGGGAAGAAGCCGAUGUUUAUGUUAAGAAAGUUGGGAAAUCCGUUGACGGCAAGUAGUGCGACGGCAGGGAUACCUGCGGUUGGUGGUGCGGUUGGGGCAGGGUCGAGUAGUGCUGGGCUGGAAAGGGAGAAGAGUGCUGUGGGGAGGGGUCCGGACAGUGGUGGGCGAUUACCGCCUGCUAGCGGAGGUGGGAUCGGUGGUAUGGGGACGGGGCUCGCAAGUAGUGCGGCGAGUGUGAGGACUAUGGGGUUGGGUACGAGAGAUCCGCCUGGUGGUGUUAUAUGA